GGUCCGCGCAGGCUACCGCCGCCGCAGCCGUCGUUAGACGAGCGGCAACAUUCAUCCGGACGCCGUCGCGCCGGGGACGUUUCAGUCGGCGUUCUAGCCGCGUUCGUAACCGGCCAAAUCUAUCUUCCGUCGGCCGGGAAUCAUUCGUAAUCAUUCGCAUUACGCUACGACGAGAAUUAAUACCCUGAAGCUGACUAAGGGUGCGUCGGACAAUUUGUGCUGGGUGAGAAAAAGGUGACACGAAAGGGUCGUGAACUCUCGCUUCUCUGGAUCUUCGACCUGCUUGUAUUCUACUCACAGCUGCGUUUCAAGUGGAGAGGAAGAGAUUAUUGUAGCAGACGUCCAGGUUUCUGGCCGACAAGUGAAACAACGGAAAAAUGCCUGUGGGAGGACGAGUCGCUGGCAAAGUUGGGAUUUACAGCUCCCAUUAUAAUGGGAAAGGCUACAGUGGUAUUAACGAGGAGAUCAUGUGGAUCAGCAUCGGGAUGGGGAUCACGAUCGCCGUACUGAUCACCAUUGCUCUGUGCUACAUCGCCCGUGAGAAAUGCCGGAAACGGCACGAGGGCUACUACGCUUCCUGACGGACGCUGCCGCCGCCCUCGUGGGCCUCCUGGUCCUUCUCACCAUCGACACCUGGCGUCUUUUUCAGCCCGACCACGUCGAGAGGUAAACCGAGGGCGUACUAUAUCACCGUAUAACGCCGAGAUCUGGUGACUAAUAUCUUGCUUUCGGCUCGAGCAAGCUGACGUUUCACCAUGAACGAGAAAUCGAACGACGACUCUCUUAUCCUUCCACUUUUUUCAUCUUUUCUCCCCCUAUUCGUCCCUUUCGUUUCUUUUUUUACUUCUCCUGUAUCCUUCGACUAGUCUCGUCCCACUUAACAAACACAAGAAAAAAAUAUGAAAAAUCGAUCAUUGUGCACCUGUGAAUCUUCGUGAAUCUUCGAUAGCUAGAAAGAAGUAUUUUCGAAACUACGUAGACGAUAAGUCCACGUUGUUCUACCAGUAACUUACCUUCAAUUGUAACUAAGCAAUAUUUCGUACUUACGGAUAUGACAUUCUCGUAGAGGAAAAAAAGAGAGAAAAUAUAUCUCCAUGAUCGCUCAAAAUUCCACUGAACCGCGGAUUCAUCGAAUUUUCCAAGAAAAUUAGAAGCUUGUCGUAGAUUUGAUAUCGAAAUGAAAAACCAAGUAAGAAUAUAACGUUGUGCUCGUGUAAGAUUAAUCAAACAGCGUACUUCGAAUUUCGAUAUCGCACUGCGUAUAAAAUCCAAGAUACGUAAGUUAUCGUAUCUUCCUGCUGCGACUUUUCCUUCGGUCUGUCUGUGCGCUCGUUCAUCGCAGAAUAAACAUCAGAUUGCUUCUACCGAAUCCUCGAAUUUAUCGAGUCGAAACUCGACCAUGAUUUAUGGAGCGUGUGGAGUAAUCGCUCGAAAGAAGAAGAAAUCGAAGGAAAGCUCGAGUAAUUCCGUUUGAUCGACUGGAUAAUUAACCGAAUUCCUUCCGUUGAUGGCGUUGUUACAGGCAAAUUUUAAGCACGGAUUUCUAUGCUUUAUUGGAAAUUCAAGGCUUUUUGGAUAAUUGAUUCGACAGCACGGAGGUCGAAAUUAAUUCGACUUUGUUUGCGAGAACAGGUUUUGAAACUGGAUCGUAAUGAGAUUGUUACGAAAUCGGUUGCUAUGCGAUUUGGGGAUAAUUGACAUGCACCGUUGUUCGUGGGUUACUGGGAUAUUUAUGAAACACGAGGAAUACUCGCAGCGUUAUUUUGUUAAAAUACAAUGGGAAUUCGUACGAUAAAUUCGACAUCUCAUGAUCAAACUUAUUCUGCAAAACGCUAUUCUCCUGUUAAUUUUCGAAUUAUUCUAUUUUAUUAUAUAGAAUUGAUAAAGUUUGUACAAUGUAUCUGAUACCUUCUAAUCGAAUUUACUGUGUAAAAAUGUGUCUCUUGUAUAUUAAUUUCUCAAGCCAGUUGCUCUUUCAUCAAACGUAACACACGUACGAUCCACCUACGCUCUUCUUUAUAGAGAUUAGGGUACUUAUGGAAAAUGAGGAAUAUCUAUAAAGUUAUCAAGGAAUUAUUUCAACUUUUAUCGACUACUGUCUCAUUUAAAGACUGGGACUAAAAAAAAAAAAAGAAAAAAAACACGUAUAUUUAAUUAUAUAUCUGGCACUAUUUCAAGUUUAAAUUAGAUCGAUGACUUCACAUACGCUUCUGUUCGUAAGUGUUAGGGUAUUUAUAGAAAAUAGAGAAUAUCUGAAAAUUCUUUCGACAUUGUUUAAGACUUUAAGAGAUGUUGCUGAUUAAAUUCAUGGCUCAACGAUAUCUUUGCCAUUCCCUUGCUGAAUAUCUGCGAAAUAUCUUAAAAGUAGGUUAAAUAAUUUCAUUGCAUAAAGUCGUUGUCCAAUUUCAAAGGAAAUUUCUCAAAAUUGCUGUCCAAAUCCAACGAACGUUAUUUCUCUUUCUUACUCUAUCCUUUUAAUUCCACGUAUGAGUCGAUUGAUCGUGCAUUCGAGCUGAUUGCAUUCCAAGCAAUAAAACAUUUCCAUGCCAUUGAAAUGGUAAAGUCAAUCGGAUAAUCGAGAAAGUUAAUCAAAGUGCCGGUCUAAUAGGAAAAUGUGUUAAAUCGCGCUUAGAACGAUACGAUCGAAAGGCGCGAUUUGCAUUAAAAUUGCUGGACAAAUGAAACGGCAUUUCGCUGGAUAGAACGUGUCAUUCAUUCGCCAUCUACGCACACAGAUAAAAGACAAUUUCCAGAAAAAUAAGCGCACUGAAUCGUGAAGCUGAAGUAAUCGAGUUUCGUGAUUGUACAGGACGAACAUCAGACAUCUCACAUAUUUGAGCGAACAUAAUCCUAAAAGAAGAACAUUUGGAAAAAAUCCCAUCAAUUUCAUGUCGUAUUUCCAAGGAAUAACAUAAAUAUCUUUCGGCUAAAAAUGGUAGAAGCUGAUCUGAGAAGGUGUUUCGUGAUUUUUGCCACGGUCCUCUCGCGUGAUUCAAGUAAAUUGUAAUAGCCGAAAUUUGCUCGUAUUUUGCAAAAUUACAAGUCAGUCGAUUGUCCUGUCUAGCUCGAUAUUGAUAUCGUAAAAUUGAGGAGAAGCAAUUUAUAAUCUGCAGUUUGUAACUGGGAAUAAUCCAAAGAGGAAAAUAGAAGAAAGUGAAGAAUAAUGAAAUUCAGUGGAGUAAAUUGCAACGAAACUUCCAUUCUCGUUUUGCAAUAUCUAUUACGUUUGAGUAGAUAAUUGCAAUAACUCUUCAGGAAUGUUAUUCUCUUUAUAUUCACAAAAUAAAUAAAAAUGUCACGAAAUAUCCAAAAAUAUAACAAUUUCAAAACAUAUGAACAAAACUAUUUGACUAGGAAAUACAUUUGAUUUCUACAUACAGUGUAUUUACGUAUAGAUUCUGUUUUUUUAACAAAAAAGCUUCUCGAUUAUUACGUAAGAGGACCGAGCAUCUUCUUAAUUUAACAUCGAACGUCGUCGAAGCGAUUCUGAAACAGUCGCAAAAAAUUUUUAAACGAAUGUUCUCAUCUUCUCAAAUCAUUUCUGGACGUCGUUUCGUCUUCGAGAAAGCUCGUCGAUUCUAUCCAAACCGCAGAAAGGCCGAAGUCUCUCCAUUUCCACGUUCCAUUCAUUCUCGUGCUUUCGCGAAACGACUCAAUUUUUCAAGAAAAAAAAAAAAAGGCUCGCCCGUCGCCAUUCGCUCGGAUGGAUAGCAACAACUUCCGGUUCAAGGCUAAAAAGUCUCACGGAACUAACCAAUUCGUAAUAAAUUCGCAAAUUUUCAUCCACCGUUGUCCGUACACGCGUCAAUUUUUAGACAAAACCCUUUUUUGGCAAGGAACGCGACAGUCGAAUUUACGACUGAGAAAGCUUUGCCAAACGGCGACAGUCGCUGCAGCAACGUUGGUUUCCGGGGCUUUUAUUCCGCUACCUUUCAGCUCUGUUGGCCCUGGAAAUUUCAGAGCUGGAAAAUGCUCAUUUGCGAACGCGCGAAUGUCGAUUCGUGGUCAAAGGCAGGAUUUGGACCAUCGAUUUGGCUGAUAUUUCACGCGUAACUGGUACAGCGUGCGCGAUGUAUUUGAUUUAAAUAUUACGUGCAGUUGGUCGACGAAGGAUAUUCCCACGCUUUUAUCUUGUUCGAUGUUCGAUGACCAAGUAUUCCUAGUUUAAAAUUCGAAAGAGUUCUUCGCGUGAAAGUUAUUCGACUUCGUGGAAGAAGCUUAAUGGUAUAAGAAAUUCACUUUAUCAACUGUAGUUUACCAGAGUUUUAAUAUCGGGCAAAACGAUAAGAAGCAUUUAAGAAGAUGGAAUAGACUUCACUUUCAAUUUCUGUCGCUUAAACGUAUAAAUAGGGGUUGAGCUUUUUCUCUUCCUUUACUUUACUAUUCUUUCGCGCGAUAUACAAUGUGUUUUCUAAUUAACAGUGCCGUCGCGCAAAGAUAAAUCUUCACGGAGAUAAAUUAAAAAGUCGAUAAUGUAGAAUGCGACUUCUUCGUUCGAGGUUUCGUUUUCGUAAGCAUCGAUUUUACGUAGAUCUUUCUUCGCGUUUCUUCAAAUUCAAAGAAACGAUAGAAUAACUUGAAUCUGAAUGGAAAUAUUUUCGGACGAUUGACUUUGAACGGAAAUAGAGAUAAAAAGAAAAUUUCCAUUAACUCGAGAUAACUGAAUGAAACUAUUAGAUUAUUAGAAUAUCAGAUUGGAAUUCUAAUUGCGACAGCAAACUUCCUGCAACAUUUCCUACGCUCGGAACAUGCAUUAUGCAUACCACGUACCAUCUGUCUGCAGAAUUUCAGCUAAAUCGUUGAAUGCAUCGUGAAAUUCCUUCGUGAGAUUUUUUAAAGCUUCGAGAAACACGACGACCGACCAUUCCUUCCUUUAAAUUAAAAUCUCUACCCGCUGAUACGCGAUUCUUCUUUUUCACGCGUAUGAAACAACGAUGAUCGAUCCGAGAUAAAUCGCGAGAGAAAAGUUCGAAAUAAAUCGCUGCGAUGUAUAAUUUUAUUGGGCUGCUCGGGAAAUUCGUAGCGAAUUUUAGAGAGAACUCGAAGAUCGUAUCUACAUUAGCACGAAAUUAGCAUUUUAUCGUACAGUAAAUGCAACGUUUACGCAUUAUUUCGCUGCUUGGUCCUUGAUAGACUAAUGCGUUUAAUUGACCCAACUAGAGGUAACAUUUAUCAAAGUAGCUCUCCGAUACGAACCGUGUAACUUUGAAAGAAAUAUCUUAACGUUACGCGGAUAUUGCAGAAGAUUAUUUCUUCGAAAUAUUUCUUUCGAAGAGGCGUGGUUUUCACAGAAAAGUCUUAAUUUUGAUAAAUGUGUAACACCCUUCCGAUCUUAUUAGAUAUGUAGAUUACGAAAUGUAAUACACCUACUGCCAUAAACGUUACAAAUUUAUCGAGCAACCCAGUAGACUGCGAAUUUUUACGCGUUUAGGAAAAAUCCUUCAAAUCAAAGAAUACACGCAGUGCAGAGAACGUGUAAAAAUAUAGAAAAACGUUUCGAGUAUUCAUCAUAGAUGGCAUUCAACAGAUGAAAUAUAUUUUUACACACAUACCAUUACUUUAAUCGUAUUCGUGAAAAUAUUAAUUUGCGUAAGUGUCGUGAAUAUUUCUCUACGGUUGUUAAACGAUGAUAAUUAAUAAAGAAAAAUGUAAUACAGCGUUUAUAAACUGUGGCUGAUUUCAAAAUCGCUGAUUUUAUACAAAGUAAUAAUAAAUUACGAACGUUCGAUUAAUCCUGCGUGAAAUCGAGUAUCUUCCGAUGUAAGAGGAUUAAAACGACGAUCGAUCAUCGGUGUUCGGGUUUCGAAAGCACAGACAAAUCGAUACUUUCUGCACUGACGUCUAAACGUUUAUCGAUAGUUUAAAAAGAAAAAAAAAGAAAGACGAAGAAGAUUGAAGACCGAAGGUAUUCUUCAACGAAGUUCGAUCGACGAAAAAGUUGAAACGAGAAUUUUGGGAACACAUAGAAACGACAUCAACGAACGAUAAUAUCGAUUCUAAGGUAGCAUCCGCGUCGGUAUAUGUCGGUAUCUGUAUUUACCACUCGUUCAAAACGCUUAUAUUUCAGUGGAGGAAACCUUCAGAAAUUGAAUUAUGUUGGUCUUUAGCUUCGAGAUAAUUACCGAAUUUUCCGCUAAGAAAGGUAACGAAGAAAACUGGACGCACAAUCUACCGUCAUCCGUUCCUCCGAAACAACGUUCUUGCAACUUCUCAUACCUACCAACUUGAAAAUUAACGUGUUAGAAUAGAAAUUAACGAAUAAGCUAGUGCGAGCGUUUGCAUUAGCGUACAAUAGUGUCUUCGUGAAUAUCGUUCGUUGCGACGUACAGGAUAUAUAGCAUAGACUUUUCUACGAGUUCAACUGUUUCAAGAACGCGAGACACGAAAAUAACAUCGAAAGUAGAACUUUCGAGAAAAUCGUUUUCUUAUUAUCGACGUAAUUUAUUGAGAAAAUUUGAUACCGCGCGAAUCAUAGAAUCAUAACGCUGUAUAUGAUUGUGUGAUAUCCUUUUGUCAAAAUUUCCAGCGUUAAAUAAAUUAUUCGAUAGUAAUUGAUGAAUCAGACCUUGAAAUACUAAAAUUACUGUAGUAUUGGUAGAACCACUGUAGUUGAGCUCGCACGGAAAGCCCUGUCGUAUUCUAUACAUAUAGAACGAUUUCGAUUAGGUGAUGAAUUGUUAUUAGCUGCUAUAACAGUAAUUGUGGAUGUUCUGUAAACAUCGUCGAUUUCGAAUCUCUUGGGUAUAGAAUCGAGGAACGGAUGAAAUUCGGUUAGUAGACACGAGCAUUAAAGAAUUAAUGGAAAGUAAUAAUCAUUGUGGAAAGUGCACGAGCAUGCCUGCACAAUUUGGAAACUGAAAAGGUUCCUGCCGUUACUCGGUAAUUCUAUCCAAUAAUAUCGUAAAAGAUUAACGAUAAUGAUAUUAAAUUUUCAUAAUAAAUGCCAAUUCCUUGAUCUUUUUCGCGCUCUAAAAAUUGUUGGCAUUCCAAUCCCUCUUAACUCGAAAUUUCACUCUGUAACGUUCUAAACACACGAAGAGGUUACACGUUCGAGAAGAUCUAUUUAUCUGAAUAUAAGAAUGAAUCUAACGAUAAAAAAAAAGAAAAAUACGUACGUCCAACGAAAUUCGAAAGAAUGAAACCCGCUUGUAAGAUACGUCGCUGAUUUCAACUAAAGUUAUCAAAAUAUCGAAGAGUAUCUGCAUACGAAUAACUAUAUAUACGAAUAACUAUGUGCGAGUUAAGAAGAUAGCCACAGAUACGGAGGAGAGCUGCAAAAUAAAAAGGAUACAAAGAUGUAUAACUUCCUACUUUAUCGACUUAAACGAAUAUAGUUACACGUUUGUUUCUAUAUUUUCGUAGUCGAAGAUGUACGAGUAUAUGGAAGAUUUCCACAUCGCAGGAAGUACAGAAUUAAGAGCAAGAAUUAAGAUACAUACGAGCAACUUUUAAAUCGCACGAAGUUACAAAUAAGCGGGAGGCUACUGAAUUGAACAGAAUGCAGGUACACCAGAGAUUUUCGCGUUAAACAAAAUACAAACGCUCCAGUAUACCUCCAUAUAAGAAAAACACAUAGAUGGCAAACUCGUAUUAAAAAAAGUUGCGAUUUAAAAGACCGUAGGUGGACGGUUGGAACAGAAUCGUGCAGGCGUGCUGUUGUGCGUGUAAAACGUGUAAAUAAACAGGCUAAAGCACAUAACGUGGAUGCAAAGUAAAAAGUAUAGCACCCGUUGGUGCGGCACGAUAUUGCAUUACUAACGAGAUAUUAGGUGAUACACGGGUGUACGCGCAUAUAUAAUACGUAGCUUGAAAGUCUACUAAAUCGUCGUGUUUUACCGCGAACAUCUGCGAGGGCAUUCAUUAAUUUCCCCAAGAACGGUUUAAUUCGAUCUCAUUACGAAGCACCGGCUGCAGAUUGCGCCUGGAAAUAGCGGUUCUUAUAAUAGAAAAUGGCGAGGAAUUGCAAUUCGGACAAUGUGAUAUUUUAGAAUGCAAUUGCUACGGUUUUCGCAAAUCCAUCUCUAUUUGUCAUAGAAGCGUAACAAUACUUUCUUGUUAACUGUGUUAAUAACGUUUCCUUCUCCUUUUUUCUGAUACAACGCUGCCGAUAAUUUUAAUGAAAGAAUUUUUAUCGAACUGCGGAUCGAACUUUAAACUUUCCGGUUUAUUUCGAAUUUGACCUAACAGUAUCGUACAAUUGCUUUUUAGAAUAACACGUUGCUAUUGGUUUAACGAUAUUUGGUUUAUCAUAAAUUAUAUUCGUUAGAUGUUUGCGCACGUUGAUGGUUUGUCUCUUUUUUCUGAUAAUUAUUUAUGCGGAAAGUGAAUAGUAACAACGAUGCGUCGAGAGAAAUUAAUGAAGGCCUGCUUGUGAAAUAUUUCUUUAGGAAUACUUCAAUUAAUGUGUUCUGAAAUAGAAGUGUCUGGCCUAAACUACCGCCAAGUUACGAUGAAACAUCGAUCGUAACGAACUGACACUUCUUGCCUCCGAAGGUCGUUUUAUUUUUCAUUCUAAGCGAUCAUUUACAAAGUAUUGGGCGAAACUCCUAUGAUACAGAUUUCCGACAAGAUUGAACAUCAAUUUUACUAUUUCUAAAAUAAUGAAACAGACUUUCCUAUCCUCUGAUAUCGUUCUCGGUGAUAGAACGCAUUUCGAACGUUCGUAAGAAUGUUUGCAAAAUUACACCAUUCGUUAACAAUUAUUUGACGUAUCAGGAUGUCUGCAAAAUUAUACAGACCAUCGAAUUAACUUGCACGAAAGCAUAGGACGCGCGAUACUAAUUUUGUAUAGCAUAAUCUCACGAAAAAUAAAGGAAGAAAAAUAAAUCUAUAAAAACCUUUUAAAACGAAAAUCACGGUGAAAGUAACAACAUUCAAAUUUUGCACAAAAAGAAACCAAAUAAGGCAUCGAAAAUAUCUAGUUUAAUUUACAAAAAUCAACCGAAAAUUUGUCGGAACAUUAGCGUUCUAAAUUCUUUCGAGGCGUUCAAUACUUUGGGAAUAAUUAGCCUAGAACUAUACCUGCCUACAGGAUCUCUUCAAAGCGAGUUCUAAACGCGUUUACAAAAAAGAAGAAAAAAAUGAGAGAAGAUUAACACUGAUCACUUCCUGAAAGAGACUUUUUAACUCCUACCGUCACAUCCGUUAAGUGUACAAAGGGUCUCAAUGUAACAAUUAACACGUACAACGUAAGGAUUCUGACCAAAAAACUUUAGAAUAUACUUCGGAGAACUGAGAUUAUUAUACCAGGGUCUCGAUCUGAUUGUGUAUGGCCUGUAGAAAACGACCGUAGAAUAAUGAGUACUUAUUAUUAGAUAAUAUUAUACAUUGUUGAAACGUGGAUAAAAUCUAUUGCAUAAAUAACAGUGAGUAACGAGUGUGGAUGACAUGGAAACAACGUACAAGCCUCCUGGUUGUUUCAAUAAUUUCACUCCUUCCAUCUGACAAACGCAUUCAUCGUGAACAUCGUUAUUGUUAUUGACAUAUAACUGUUUAUAGUUUUGACAAGUUCUCUACCAAACUUCUCUAUUACUUUAAAAUGCAACAUCUAAUUUUGAGUAUAACUGGAACACCUUUUUUUAAAAAUCGUUUCUUUGCUAUUGUAUAUGAGAAUUCCUGAAUUUUUACUUUGUCUAGAAUAUUUACAAAAUUAACAAUAUAUAGAUCUCUUCGUCUUGGGUCAGAUAAAUUGUUAUAUAUUUAUAACAUGCGUAGUUAUAAUAAUCGCGUUCUUUUUGAUUAUUUAUUUUCGUUUUUUUAAAUUUUUAAUUAUUUUUGAGAAAUAAAUGGAUUUACGAAAAAAUAUAAAGCGCCAAGUGUACUUUUUAUUUUACAUUAAUGAUAGACGAUUCGAACAGUUUUUCAUUGUAUUGCUGUAUUUAUUCAGAUAUCGCGGAAAUUUAACUUUUGUGAAUAAUAUUGUAAAUACUGUACGAUAUGACUUUAAAUAAAAAAUCUCAUAUAAAGAAAUCGUAUGAGUAACAUGAUAGAGAACGUGUUAAACAACAAGGACACAAUUUUCUUCUUAUUGCGAAUGCUAUAGGUUCUAUAGUUAAACACUGUAAUAUAUAUUAUGUAUUAGAUAAUUUAACUUUCAACCGUUACUAUUUUAACACAAAAAGAAUAGAACAAAUCAAACAAAAAAUUGUCAAAUGAAAAUUAUACGCAUCGCUCAAAAUUUCUCCCUAGAUAAGGCGUACUUGUGAUAAGAAAGCGUAAACAUUAUACUCCUCUCUCUCUUUCUCUAAUAGAAUAGUUAAAUAUUUUAAGACUCAUUAGAUAUAUGUAAAUAUUUUUUGCGUUCGUGAUAUUGCGAAAAUAAUACAUAUGUAAGCGUAUAUUUUAACAAUAACGAAUAAAAUAUUUCAAUUGUUUUAAGUUUGAAAAAAAAAUCAACUGGAGGCUUGUACACAAUAUGGCGGAAUUUUGAUGUUCCUCGCGCGUGCAUUUAUGCACCGUGAAAUUUAGAUGUUUUUUAUGGUGGAUCGCGACAUCUCGUCGUAAACGCGACAGAUUUUAGAGAUUUUAUGAAUGUUACACGACCUGCUCGUGAUAAGGGCUGCUUAGUGGGUAACUUGUAUUUCUAUUGAAAGUAGAUGCUGUUUUAUGUAAGAAAACAGAGAACGAGAGAGAUUUCUCAGUAACAAGGCGCGAUUCGAUAUAUUAAAAUGUCUAUUGCAAUGACCAACUUGAUAGAUUGCUCUAUGUAUUACGAUAUAUUAUUUCUUCUGCAUUUGUAACAAAUAAACAAUUAAAGAGAUGUCUUGGAA